AUGCCAAGCACCAUUGAAACUCCUGAGGUUACCUCAAAGGCCGGCCCUCUUUUCCCAGAUUAUCUGCCUCAUUAUGAUCCUCUCGAGAAAGUCGAGAUGGUUGGAGCGUUUAAGCACGUCGAUCCAGGUCAUCGGGCAAACUCCUUAAAGCGAAAUCUGCUUGCCGGUGCAACCAAAGUUGCGGAUCUGAGUCCUCACGUUGGAACUGAACUUCACGGGGUCAAGCUCAACGAACUGAGCUCGGAAGCUCUCGAUGAGCUUGCUCUGCUCACGGCCGAACGGGGUUGUGUAGUUUUUCGCAACCAAGAGGAAUUUUUGAACUCUGGUUUCGAGGCGCAGAAGAAAAUUGCUGGGCAUUUCGGCCCAUUGCAUGUUCAUGGCUGGAUGCCACACGCCGAGAAGGGACCAGCGGAAUUUGUCAUUGUCUAUGACUCGACCGAGGAUCUCCGAUUGCGAAGAUUUUGGGCGCGGAAGAACCCAAUCCAGUUUCAUGUCGACCAGUCCCCAGAAGCGCAACCACCUGGAAUGACUUUCUUUGCUGUUCUGGAAUCGCCACCCGGAGUCGGCGGUGACACUAUCUUUUCCAGCACCGCCCGUGCCUUCUCUAGGCUGUCGCCAAAAUUCCGUGCCAGGCUCGAGGGACUGACUGCUGUUCAUUCUACAGAUGCUCAGAUUAGUAGGGAGAUCAGCGAUAACAAAGACAAGAGCGUUGUUCGUCGUCCAAUCACACGCUCUGUUCAUCCAGUUGUGACAGUUCAUCCAGUCACAGGCGCCAAGAAUCUCUUUGUGAAUUCCUCAUACACAAGAAGCAUUGUGGGGUUUGACGACGAGGAGUCGGAUAUGAUGCUCAAAUUUCUGUUUGAUCAUAUCAGGGGUGGGCAUGACUUCGCUUGCCGUGUGAGAUAUGAGCCGGGAACGGUAGUAGUCUGGGACCAGCGGUCAUGUCAACACAGCCAGACAUUGGAUUACCCGGCUGGGUCGAGACGACACGCCUUUCGCCUAACAUCGCUGGCGAAUGUUCCAAUUCCUAGCAAGGUCGACGAGGAUGAUGAUGGAUGCAGCCUUGAGGAGGAUCGUGAAAUGCUUGGCCUAUGUUAG